AUGGGGAAUAUUGUAUCAUGUUGUUCAUUAGACGAAAAUAAAAAAUAUUUAAACGACGACGAAAUAUUGGAAACAUUUUCCAAUAGCGAGAUAAACGAGUUCAAAAAGAGAUUAAAAAAUAAUAUACAAAUAGUUGUUUUGUUACAAGAUGGUACAAAAUUGCCAUGUAACUUACAGGCGAACUUUCAGGAAAAAACAUUAUGCAUAUCAUGUCAUCAAAAGGUGAGGAUGAUAAAUUUUAGCGAUAUCAGAUCUUUAUUAUAUGGAGAAGAACAACUGAAACGUGUAGAAACACAAGCAAAUUUAAUAAACGACAAUUGUUGUUUAGCUUUACAUUUAGAUGAUAGUGGAAAUUGUAUUCCUAUUAAAUUUGGGACUGUGAAGGAAAAAAAUAUCUUCAUUUUUAUUAUGAAAGAUUAUAAAAAAAAUUCGUAG